UGGGAAAAAGGGACCAGAGGUGGGUGCUUGCCGGAGCCCGUAGCGCAAUACGGCCACAACUGUUUCCGAUCCCUUCCUCCCCUGACAUCCGCCGUUCGAUCCAUGCGAUAACAACUGACUUUUGCCCCCUUUGCCCCCUCUACGACAUAUCGAUAACCGCCCAUACUCCCGACAAGCCGACAUCGCAGGUUCCCAACUACCCCUUCGUCACGCUUCACGAUAAUUCUUUUUGCUUGUCAGAUCACCUGCUCAGCGCUCCUAUGAUUCUAUGAACGCAUGAGCCUAUGAGCUAUGAGCCUAUGAUUCAUAUCGGCCAUCGUGGCUCGGCUUGGCAUAUGGCUCAUCGCCCCGUACCGGUUGAGCCGCGAGUCAACGCAUCAAAGAUCAAAGAUCAAAGGAUCACUCCAGCGGCCAGCAAUUCCAUCAACAUGGUAUAACAUCUUGCAUGUUGCAUGUGACAUUCGAGUAUACUACUCAAAAUACUGGUUACGCGCUUACACAGCAGUGGUGCGGCAGUUCACCUCCUCAUUCUUCUCUCUGUCAUUCACAUUGCGCUAUCGACUCGGUGAUUCAAAAUCCCAUCAUGCAGCAUACCGCGCCAGAAACCGAGCGAAGCGAUAACGCCACCAGCGAUACCUCCAAGUUCAAACCGAUGAGACCGGCUGAUAUGGCUGACGCUGUCAAACCGCUCGAAAUGAAAGUCAAGCGUACCAACGACCCCUAUGCGGAUCAAGAGGCGAGAUGGAAUCUCGUCCGGCAAUACGUCGUCAGCGUGCUGGAAGAGGAAACGAUGGACCCGUCCAUCUAUGCUGCCGCGACGACUGCGGUGUAUGACAUGGAGAUGGGUGGGGACCCGCGUAAUGGGGCGGGAACGAUGACUCGCCGGGAAGACGGCCUGCAUGUGCACGGCCUAAGAGUCAGGUUGAGCAAACUCUUGCUCGACUACAGGGAACGUCACCGCGUACCCGAAUCCGCCGAAGGACACGUUCCCGACGACGUCUUCCUCCGUCGAUGGACAAAGGCCUCGAGGGUCUUUGGGUAUCACGACCGUCAUUUCGUCAGACGGUGUCAGGCCGAAAAGAUUCGGAUGCCGGAUGACCUGGCGUUCCCGGACGAUGGCCAGACGACCGUCUUCGAAUUCGGGAGACGGAUCUGGUUUGAUGAAAGGGAGCUCGCGUAGCGGGAGAGGACUGGUCCUGUGACCCGUGCGCAAUCGUACCCGUCGAAAAAGGCCGUAGCUUCCAAGCCGCCAGUCCACGAUGAUGGGCGUCACAAGUGAUCGACUUUGGUGUACGAAGGCUGUCUGUCUGUAUAUCACAAACGUCUAGUACCUGGCUCCGACUUAGGAGUACGGAUUUACACAAUUUACAUACGAAGGAAUACGUUCUGCUCUCUUAGAAUGUGCAGCUUGGAUUGCGACCGGCUCCUACCAGAUGUCUCUGCCACGAGUCUGUCCCAACCGACGCCCUGACAAGCAUGGCACCAAGGUAUAUCAUUCCAACAGCUUUAAGGCAUACAACAAGCCUGGUCGAGGUGGUUCAACCGACCUCCAACUCUGGCAGAGACACCUUCAGCAAGUCGUGCAAGAA